AGAUAAAGAGGGCUUGGUACUGGGUCGAAGGCAUUCGAAACACCGUGAAUUUCAUUCCGUGCGCACGUUUCCACUGUGAAAAGUACAUUUUACAAAAGUGUAGACAUGGUGUCCCUAGAGACUGUUGCGAGUAUAGUGAUAAAAGUUCUCAAGUUGGUUAUUAAUUUCAUUAUCCUGAUCCUGUACCGAGUAGGAUACAAUGGGGAAUUCCUGGGAGUCGGAGGAACAUGGAAUUUGAACGAAGACAAAAAUCCAGACGCAGAAAUCGUUGCUUCUGGCGUUUUGGUGGGAUUCUUCAUCUACACCAGCGUAGUUCUCAUCAGUUACUGCUUUGGGGUCCUGAACCAUAAGAAAACACUUGUUGAAAUUAUAAUGAACUUCGUUGGAACCUUUAUGUUUAUUGCUGUGGGUGGUACGGCGCUUCACUAUUGGCACGGUUACCAAUCAGAACAUAAAUUCGAUGCCAUCGUUCAGGAAAGACAGGCGGGUCUAGCUGUUGGAUCAUUAUGUGUCAUCGAAGGUGCCGCAUACCUCGUGGAUCUGAUACUGAGCUUUCUGCAUUUCGCGAAAGCCCGCGAUGAGUAUUAGAAUAGUCACGUAACGCUUAAGUAUCAUCUCGUCACGCCUGAUUCCAAACAGUGAAGUCUACAUCACAAACAGGAAUUGAUAGUAAAACCUUUCGUUAUUGCAUUGACAAUUCUUUUAAAGUAUUCUUCAUGUGUAUGUAACAACUCAUCCAGUGGUAGACAUCGAAAUGUUAGUUAAUUAAUGAUUAUCGGAGUCCAAGUCCGUUUAUACAAUUGUUUAAUUUCUCAGCUUAAAGUAAACUGUUCAUUCUAAAUGACAUAAACCUUCACGAACACAUUCUGACGUAUUCGUAACGCUAUUAACAAGCAACUCGUGCGACACAUGUAACGACACACGAUACAACAUUUUCUAGUUGUAUUAUCAGUAAGAUGUAUUACUAAAUAUAGGAAUUAAUAAAUAAUUUUUAUAUCGUUA